AUGCAGAAAUUGCAGCAUCUGCGUCUCCUUCUCCUGUGUCUGAUGGCUCUGCCCCAGUGCCUAGCAGUCCCUCUAGGAAGCCAAUGUGUAGACGAAUCCUUCUGCACCAACAGCCUUCAGGAUUACUACAGCCAACUGAUUAAUCUGCCCCAUCGCAUCAAUGAGCGCAGUGUAGCUGCCUGGAGCUAUGUGGAAAACAUUGAUUUGAACAGGGUGCCUCAGAUUAUCCACGAAGCCAACUGCCAUACCAGCCACUCAUGUAAAGGGGUGGACAGUGCUUACAGCCUUGAGACCAUCCCCAUCUCCUUGAGAAUACCCGUCCUUAAGAGAAACCCAAGCUGCUUCCCCAAGGCCGGCUAUUCUCUGGAUUUUGAAUCUAUCAGUAUAGCCUGUAUAUGUGCCACUUCCAGACUCAGCUGA